AUGUCGAAUUCCGACGUGGUGCAGCCUGUGAUGGAUGCCCUGAAAGCUGGAUACCGGCUCAUCGACACAGCCCAGGUAUACGAAAACGAGAAAGGAGUCGGCGAAGCCCUGAGGCGGUCAGGCGUCGCGCGUGGCGACGUGUUCCUGGAAACCAAGGUCUGGCGAUCCAGCCAUGGCUACGACCGCACAAUCAAGGCCUGCAACCAGUCCUUGCGGAAGCUGGGCGUGGACUACAUCGAUCUCUACGUCAUCCAUUGGCCAGGGCCGAAGACCGGCUGGCCGCUGCCGCGAGGGAAAGUCUGCCCCCCAGACUGGACGCCCAAGCUGCGGGACACGGGCACGUGGAAGGCCAUGGAGGACCUCUACGAACAAGGCAAGGUCAAGGCAAUCGGCGUCACCAACUACUCCCUGCGCCACCUGAAGCAGCUGAUGAAGACCUGCAAGAUCAAGCCGAUGAUCAACCAGGUGGAGUUCCACCCCAGGCUUGUUCAGAAAGAGCUACUGGAGUUCUGCCAGAAGCAUGGCAUCGUCUUGCAGGCCUAUGCCUCUUUGGGCUCCGGCGAUGCCUCACAGGCCGAGAGCUUCUUUGCCUUCCCACCCGUGAAGGCUGCCGCGAAAGCUCACGGCAAGACUGGUGCCCAGGUGCUUUUACGAUGGGCCAUGCAGAAGGGCUGUCACGUGGUCCCGAAGUCUGUCCGGCCAGAGCGCAUGAAGGAGAACGCCGGCGUCUUCAACUUCAAGCUAUCAAGCUCCGAAAUGAAGGCCAUCGACGCCUUGCAUACUGGAACCCGGUAUGCCUGGAAGGGUCUGGAUCCUGACACGAUCGAGUGA